AUGGCCGACCGUCGUCCCGGCCCCAACUUCAAACCCGCUGCUCCUUCAAGAACCGCGCCUCCUCCACACACCGGACUCUCUUCCGCCGGAGCAGGAGCAAGAGUCGGGGCACCAGUCCGCCGCAACCUCUUUCAACAACCACAAUCACAAUCACAAUCACAAUCACAAUCACAACCAGCACAACCGACCCGACAACCCACUGCUGCCCCAGACUCUCAACAGUCUCAAGGACGCUACUACUCGCAGCAAUCCUCUCAGUCUCAAAUCUAUCACACUUCACAAACCUAUCAUCACCAAAGUAACUUUCAAUCUCAUUCACAACAACACCAACACCAGCAGGCUUCUUACCUCACCGAGUCUUAUACCCAACCUUAUUUCCAAACCUACCCAAAUACCCAUUACUACCCCUACCCCCAAGACUCCCCCUCCUCCUCCCUGCCCCAUCUCCAACAAUACCACCAACUACCACCACCCCACCACGAAGGAGAAGGAGAAGAAGUAGAAGAAGACGUCAAAAUGACCUCCUCACAAGAAGAUCAACAACCCCCAACCGCAGUAACAGACCCCGACCAGGAAAUAGUCGUGCGCGACAAAGAGACGGGAGAAAUCGACCUAGGCAACGAUCCUCCUACCCCUCCCUACGACGAGGACACGGAAGCGAUCAUGGAGGCGCGGAUGGAGGCUGAGAAGGAACGGGAGAGGUUGGCGGAUGCGGUGAGGGAGUGGUUGACUGAGCAUGAGGCGGAGGGCAGGGGGGAUGUUGGGUUGGAGGGAGUCACAGAAAGGGGAGGGGGGAGGGGAGAAUGUGGGAUGGAUACUGAAGAACUCUCGGAGGCAGUCAAGGCAAGCUUGAAGGCCAAGGUUGCGGCGUUAUCUGAGGAUAACUGGAUGUUUGAGAGGGAGGAGGUACUUCAUCUGCAUUGA